AUGGGGGCUGUUUUUGGUAAAAAGCGUUUUCGAAUAUUAAUGCUUGGACUCGACAAUGCUGGUAAAACAUCGAUCCUUGCACGUCUUCGUUUGCAUGAAUUUCGUUCAACAGUACCGACAGUUGGAUUCACAGUUGAAACAAUCAUUUCCAAACGCGUUCAAUUCACUGUGUGGGACGUUGGCGGACAAGAUAAAAUCCGUCCAUUGUGGCGUCAUUAUUACACAGGAUCUCAAGGUUUGAUAUUUGUGAUUGAUUCCACAGAUCAUAACCGAAUGGACGAAGCACGUCAUGAACUUGAAAGGAUUUUAACUGAUCGUGAAAUGCGUAAUGUUAGUUUGCUUGUACUCUGUAACAAACAAGAUGCCUCCGGAAGUAUGCAACCAGAUGAAAUCCGUCAAAUUUUACAUUUGGAUAAAUUGACUCGCCCUUAUACAAUCAUGCCUUGCUCAGCUUUGAACGGAGACGGUCUAGCCGAAGGUUUCAAAUGGUUGUCGAAGCAUUGUAAGUGA